AUGUCAACACAAAUAAAGAUUCCAGAUAAGAUUCAUGUUUUGACAGAGAAUGGAGAGCAACUUCUUCAUCGUCUUUAUAACAGUAGACAAAUAUUACAGGGUGCAAAGACCAGACCGUUGUUCUUGAACGACGAAAAGGUUGGUCGUGCCAUCAAGAAUCUCAUGUCAAAGUUUCCGGAUUUUCCAGAGUUGGACAAGAUCCAGGGUGUUGAACUGCUGACUUCGCGUGCCAAACAAUACGUUGAGGACCUCGAGCAGCACUACGAGACACUCGUCGACGUCUGCGACUGGAAGGAAGCGGCAUUCGCACUGCUCCAAGAGAUUGCAGGAAACACCGUGGCACUGCGUUUCACCUCGUCGAUCCAGUUGUCGUCGGCGUUCAUCGAGCUCGUUGUCAUCUACGGUAAGAUCCAUAUAUUGGUAUCGAUGAUUGCCGAUCGUCGUGUCGUUCUCGGAGUGUACGCGCGUCUCGUGCAACACUUGCGUUCACAGAUCGAGCCAAACUACUCGCGAGUCGUCAAGUGGCUCAACGAAUGUGAUUUGCCCGUCAAGAAACUACAGGAUGAGUUCCGUGUGCUGAACGACUCGAUUGGACACGUACUGAUGUCACUCGAGCCAACCUAUGCCAAGCGAAAACUCAUCACACAACUCCGUCGUGACGGUGCACUCAAUCUCAUCCUCAAGCCCGAGGACAUUGCCAGACCCGUACAAGAUCAAUACAGAAUCGACUUGACAUACGCAUCACGUAUGAACCAAUGGAUACUCUAUGGAUAUCUAUUCGCACCAGGUUCACUUACCACACCACAAUCGAUUGAACUUGUUAAAUUUGCAUUGUCCGAAGGUUUUAAUUUACCCGUUUUCAAAGAUAUUUCAUUCCCAAUUCAUAAUGAAUUUAAUGGAUUGUUUAAGAAUUAUAAAUCAAAGACUAUUCAUCUUCAGAAACAAAAGAAAGUUAUCAAGGAAGCUGCACAGGCAUCGACACAAGAGGCACCAAGAAAACACAAUGAGAAGAGAAUUUAUAUUAGACAAGAGUUGGAGGCAAUGUGGAAUCUAUUUAGAGACAGACCAUGUUUGUUGGCACCGAAAAUCAAUGUAUUGAUUGCUGCUCUCUCCAUGGCAAAGGAUGAGAUCUUCUGGUACUUCCGUCACAUCGAUGCAAUCCCACCAGAAAAAGUAAAGAAAUUCUACAACAAACAAAACGAUAUUCGUGAAAGACGUAUUUCUUCAUUAUUCUAUUUGAUUGAUCAUCUAGUACAACUUGUUAAAACACACAAAAAGAUUAUUCAAAGUUAUUAUAUUGAAUAUAUUGCAGGUGCGGAUACAUUGGGAUUAAGUAAAGUUUUGAAUCCACAGUUGUUACAAAAUGCCGGAACAACAGUCGCUCAGACUAUCAACACAAUUAUGAAUGAGUUAAAGUCAGUGUCGUUGGAAUCAUUUAAUAGAGGUACCGAGUACAACUUCAAUGGUUUGCGUGACAAUUGGUGUCGUCUCGAGUAUCUUUUGUAUUCUAGUUCAUGUCCAUUGAGAGAGGCAGAGUCCAGCCAGAUCUCGAGUCGUCUCAAUCUCAUCUAUAUUCACUCGAGAAAUGUCGACCAGAUCGAGCAACAACUCGAAGAGUUCUCCUCGCUCUCUGGUCUCUGGUCAUUCAAAGAGCCAUUCGUCGCAUCGUUUGACAACACUCUUGUCGAAGGAAACGAUCAGCCAACUCACGUAAUGAACUACCUCAAGUUACUAUCGUUGUUCCCCUCUACAGUGCCAACUCACUUCAUGCCAGAGGAGAAAGAACAGAUUGGAAAAGAGUGUGCAGAGAUUGCCACUGUAUUCCUCAAUAAGAUCUCAACGCGUAUCGUCAACAUCCUCACUACCUCUGUUGCCACACAGUUCCAAAGCUCAGAGGCACAGUUGGCCGAUGUCAACGCAGCAUUCCCACUGCUCCAGAAGCGCAAGGAUUGGAAACCACCCAAGGACUUUGUCACCCCGGUCGAGCCUGGCUCAGAGUCUUCGUUCCGUGCGCGUGCCAACCUCGAACAACUUCGUUUGAACGAGAAGAACGCCUUCCAAUUGUGCAAUGCACUCAACGAGUUUAUGGAUAUAACAAUCUACGACCACCAAUUCGUGCCACGUGAAUACUUGCGUGAACGUCUCGGUGCCGCUUUGAAGCAAUUUAUGCGUCAAACAUCGACCCCAACCAUCGCCACCGAUCCAUCGAGCAUCAUCCGUCCAACUGCAUUCGAAACACAACUCAAAGUGUUCCUCGGUGUAAUGGUGCUAGUCGAGAACUACAUCGAUAUCGACGUCGGUGGAUUGAUCCGUGAGACUCUACUCGCCGAGUUCUACGCCAAGGCACUCGGAAAGUGUGGAAGAAUCGAUUGGUUCCCAGAGGGUGAGAUCGAGUACUCCGAAGUCACUCUCCACAACUUUACCAACUACUUUACCGAUUUCAUUUCAAAGAAAGCUCAGACACCGGGUAUUGUUUACUCACCGGGCAAGUUUGGAUUCCUCAGUCGUGCCGGACUCCAAUUCCGUGCAGAGGAGCACACCGACUACGCCGAAGUCCAAUCGUUCGUCAACAUGGUCGGUCCCUACGGUGUGAAGCUAGUCGAACGUGAACUACUCCGUUACGUCCUCCAGAACACUCAGUCACUCAAGGAGAUACUCACCGCCAACUCGGCACUGCUCGAACAGUACUCCGGUUGUUUCUACAAGACAAACGGUGUCGAACAUCUCAAACGUUUCAAACAACAAGAUCUCGAUAACUUUAUCUCGCGUUCCGUCGGUAUCGGUAAUGCACUACACCUGCGUCAGAUGAUGCGUCAAGCCGUGCAGGAUACCAACAACGCCAGUAUUCCAUUCAUCCAGAAAUCCAUUGAAAACGCAUUCAUGGAGUACAACCGUAAUACCUUUAGCUUCCCAGAGUUCCUCGGUGUCGACACACUCGCUCUCGAUGCCGGUCUAGACGUGGGCACCGCCGACCAAUACCUAAAGGUAUUCCUCAGAAAGCUGAGUGCAACCGAGGCCGAUAUCAAGCUCUGGGACUUACUACCAGUGAUGUAUGCCGUCUGUUUCAACAGUACCUUCUGGAAGGAUGCAUUCUAUCGUACCGCAAUCGAAGGACACGCCAACAAUGUACAUGUAUUAUCAAUCACCAUCAGCAGUCUACUCAUUGGAUUCGGAUCGAUCAACUACAGUUCCUCUGCAUCCGAGGCAGACAUUGUUUCACUCCUCACUCGAUUCCUCGAGAUCUCAUCGGUUCAAUUGCUCCGUCUCUACAGACAACUCUACCAAAAGUAUCUACCAAGUGAUCCUGCCUCUGUUAUUAUAUUUUUAGAUAAAUUUGUUGAAGAAUGUCCACUUUUGAUCAAAGAUAAUCUCGAACAAUAUCUACCAUAUACUUUUAUUAGAAAUAUGUUCAAGGAUAUCUAUGAAAACAAACCUGCUGAAAGUUCAACAGAACAAUUCUAG